UCCGCUUCCGGCGCCGCUCGAUGACGUCACGGGAAACUCGCGUCGCCAUUGGUGGGUUCGCGCGUCGCGCCGGAAGUGGCUCGGGCCGUGGCCGUGGCGACGGGACGCGGCCGCUCCCGCCAUGGACGCGGAGCCGCCGGUACCGGCACCGGGAGCGGCACCGGGAGCGGCACCGGGAGCGGUACCGGUACCGGCGGGGGGGCUGCUGGCGCUGCCGCCGGAGCUGCUGCUGCGGAUCUGCGGGUUCCUGCGGGCCCGGGAGCUGCGGCGGGUGCUGCCCCGGGUGUGCCGGGCCCUGCGGGAGCUCGCCCGGGAUCCCGGCCUGUGGCGGCUGCGGCUGCAGAGGCGGGCCCGGGACCCCUGCCCGCCAUUCCGAUUUCGGGGACCCCCCCCAGAGGCCGGGUUCGAUUGGGCGGCCGCCUGCGAGGACCUUGAGGAGCACCUGGAGCGCUGGGGGCCGGGGGGGCCCAUGGAACAUUUCUCCCUGGACGAGGGACACUUCGCCUCCGUCGAUUCCGUCCUCCUGCUGCAGGGGGGGUCUCUGUGCGUUUCUGGGGGUCGCGAUCGCAACGUGAACCUUUGGGACCUGCGGGAGCUCGGCCGGGGCCCCCCCGGGAAGGUUCUGGUGAAGGCGCUGGGAUCGGGGCACGGCGGCAACCACAAGGGCUGGGUUUGGUGUUUGGCCGCCCGCGACAGCCGCGUCUGCUCCGGUUCCUGGGACAGCACCGUGAAGCUCUGGGACCUGGCGGCCGAGGGGCAGCAGUUCGGGGAGAUCAGGGAGAAAGCGGCCGUGCUGUGCCUCUCGUACCGGCCCGAUGUCCUGGUCACCGGCACCUACGACAAGACGGUGACAGCGUACGACCCUCGAGCGGGGCAAGCUCAGGUGAGCAGUUACAAGCCCCACGCCAGCGCGGUUCUGUCGCUGGCGGCCGAUGAGCGGCUGAUCGUGUCCGGCAGCGAGGACCGGACCCUCGUGGUGUUCGAUCGCCGCGCCGGGAGCGUCCUGCAGCGGCUGCAGCUGGAUAAUUACCUGCUGGCCAUGUCCUACCGGGCCGCAGCUCUGGGCCGGGACAAUCAGGGUCGCGUUUACCUCUUCGGCAGCGGCGGCGGCGGCUUCCAGCCCGCCCGGUAUUUCGAUGUGGGGCACCGGCUGCAGAUCACGGGGCUCUGGCACUCGCUGGGCUCGCUCUACACCACAUCCACCGACAGGACCCUGCGGAUCCACGUCCCCACAGAUCCCCCCGCACCAUCUGCUCCUGGACACACGACGACGUCCCUCAACGGGGUGAGGGGCGACACGCGCGUGUGCAGGGAGCCCCCUCCCCACCUGAGACCCCCCACGAUCAGCGUGGACGGGGACGUGGUGGCCGCGGCCUCCGGGGGUCUCUCGGUCGAGGUUUGGAGGCUCCGGACCUGACGGGGGCCGGGGGGCCCCGAGCGACCCCCGGGGCCCCCCUGAGCCCCCAAGCGACCCCCGGGGGUCCCCUGAGCCCCCCUGAGCCCCCCGAGCGACCCCCGGGGGUCCCCUGAGCCCCCCGAGCGACCCCCGGGACCCCCUGAGCCCCCCG